GUGUGAGGCCAUGUCAUGCUAUGCCAAUCUGUGCUGUGCCACACUGUACCGUGCCGUGCCAGGCCAUGCCAUGCUGGGUUGUGCUGAGCUAUGGUGUGUGCUUUGCUGUGCCGUGUCGGGCUGUGCCAUGCUGGGCUGGGCUUCGUUGUGCCAUGCUGGGCUGUGCCAAGCCUUGCAGGGCUGUGCUGUGCUGUGCUGUGUGAGGCUGUGCCAUGCCAGACUGGGCCAAGCCAUGCCAUGCUGUGCUGUGCCAUGCUAGGCUGUGUCAGGCCAGGCUGUGUUGAGCCAUGCUGGGCUGGGCACUGUGCCACGUCAAGCUGUGCCAAGCCAUGCUAGGCUUUGUUGUGUUUUACCGUGCCAGCCUGUGCUGAACCAUGCUGGGCUGUACUAUGCCAUGCUACGCUGUGCUGAACCGAGCCGGGCUGGCCUGUGUUGUGCUGUGCUGUGUCUGGCUGUGCCAAGGCAUGCUGGGCUGGCCUGGCCUGAGCUGUGCCAUGCCAUGCUGGGCUGGGCUGUGCCGUGCCACGCCAGGCUGUGCCAAACCGGGCUGUGCCGUGCCGGACCAUGCCGUGCUGAGCCCGCGCUGUGCUGCCCCAUGCCGUGCCCUGGCCGUGCCGUGCCAUGCCCAGGCCGUGCCGUGCCGUGCUUGCCGGGCCGGGGCACAGGCGGCUCCGGGCGGGCGGGUCCGAGCGCGGGUGAAAUCACCGCCGGAAGCGGGGCCGCGCCGCGCCGCCCCCGGCCCGCGUCAGCCCCAUGGCCUGGGCGGGGCUGGGGCCGGGAGCGGGGCAGCGGCGGGACCGAGCUGAGCCGGGACCGGGAUCGGGACGGGGUCCGCGAUAGGCACCGGGCUGAGCCGAGCCGGGACAGGACCGCGAUAGGGACAGGGCCGAGCCGAGCAGCGACAAGGACCGGGACUGUGCUGAGCCGAGCCGGGAUAGGGACCGAGAGCGAGACCGGGCGGAGCCGCACUGGGACCAGGCUGAGCCGAGCCGGGACCGGGACUGUGCUGAGCCGAGCCGGGAUAGGGACCGAGACGGGGCGGAGCCGGACCGGGACCGGGCUGAGCCGAGCCGGGACCGGGACCGGGCUGAGCCGAGCCGGGAUAGGGACCGGGGCCGGGCAGAGCCGCACCGGGAGCGGGCUGAGCCGAGCCGGGAGCGGACUGAGCCGGGCCCCAGCCCGGGGGCCGGCCGGGCUGGCGCGGGGCCGGGUGUGCCCGUGUGCCCGCGGGGCCGCGGGUCGGGCUGGUCGGGCCGUGGCCGCCGCCGCGUCCGUGCCCGUGGCCGGGGCGGGUGGCGGCGGGGCCGGGGGCUGCGGGGCGGCGGCGGCGCUGGCGCUGCGGCGGGGCGGCGCGGGGGGCACGGGGGGCAGCACGGCCAGCAGCGGCUACUGCAGCCAGGAGGACUCCGACUCCGAGCCCGAACUCUUCUACACCGCCCGCACCUCCCUCGGCCGCCGCCCGCGCCGCCGCCAGGAUGAGCCCAGUGAGUGGGAGAAGGCAGAGCUGGACCAGGCGCAGGUGGAGCGGCGGAUCAAGGAGUACAACAGCCAGAUCAACAGCAACCUCUUCAUGAGCCUGAACAAGGACGGCUCCUACACCGGCUUCAUCAAGGUGCAGCUGAAGCUGGUGCGCCCCGUCUCGGUGCCAGCCACCAAGCGGGCCCCCUCCCUGCGGUCGGGGCUGCGCGGCCAGGGGGUGAAGCGCCGCACGUCCUUCUACCUGCCCAAGGGGACCGUCAAGCACUUGCACAUCCUCUCACACACCCGCGCCAGCGAGGUCAUCGACGCGCUCCUUCGCAAGUUCACCGUCAUCGACAACCCCCGCAAGUUCGCGCUCUUCGAGAGGUCCGAGAAGGAUGAUCAAGUGUACCUGCGGAAGCUGGCCGACGAGGAGCAGCCCUUGCGGCUGCGGCUGCUGGCCGGCCCCAGCGAGAAGGUGCUCAGCUUCGUCCUGAAGGAGAACGAGACCGGGGAGGUGAACUGGGAUGCCUUCACGCUGCCGGAGCUGCACAACUUCCUGCGCAUCCUGCAGCGGGAGGAGGAGGAGCACGUGCGCCAGCUGCGGCACCGCUACGCCCGCUGCCGCCAGAAGAUGCAGGAGGCACUGGCCACGCACACGCCGGGGUGACCGCACCGCCUGCACCCGCGGCCAGCCAGUGCGCCAGGACCCUUGCCUGCCGGCGGGCGGGGGCACCCAGGAUGGGGAGGGGGGUGGAAGGGGGCACCCCGGGACCCGCCAGGCCGUCACAGCCCCCAUGGGGCUGGCCUGGGGAGCGAGUGUCCCCGCGGGGGAGCGAGCGUCCCGGGGGGAGCGAGCGUCCCUGGGGUGAGCAGGGCGUUGGGCACC